CUCCAGAUCUUCUGUCAGGGUUGCCGGGCGUGCGAAGGCGGCGGAGGCGGGAAGGUGGCAGUGGUUGAAGGAGCGAUUGCUGGCUUGUGGGGAGGAGGUCGGAGGGAGGUGGGCAGCGAUGGUGAUGGCGGCCAAAAAGGGCCCAGGCCCUGGUGGCGGGGUCGGCGGGGGAAAGGCGGAGGCGGAGGCGGCCUCGGAGGUGUGGUGCCGCCGGGUGCGGGAGCUGGGUGGCUGCAGCCAGGCCGGGAACCGCCACUGCUUCGAGUGCGCCCAGCGCGGGGUCACCUACGUGGAUAUCACCGUGGGCAGCUUCGUCUGCACCACCUGCUCCGGCCUCCUGAGAGGCCUGAACCCCCCUCAUCGUGUCAAGUCCAUCUCCAUGACAACUUUCACUGAACCUGAAGUAGUAUUUCUACAGUCUCGUGGAAAUGAGGUUUGCAGAAAGAUUUGGCUGGGUCUUUUUGAUGCUCGGACAUCUCUAAUACCAGACUCCAGAGAUCCUCAGAAGGUGAAGGAGUUUCUCCAGGAAAAAUACGAGAAGAAAAGAUGGUAUGUCCCCCCAGACCAAGUCAAGGGGCCCACUUAUACCAAAGGCAGUGCCUCCACCCCUGUCCAGGGCUCCAUCCCAGAAGGAAAACCUCUGCGGACACUUCUGGGGGAUCCUGUGCCACCUCUCUUGGAUGCUGCCUCCACUUCAAGCCAGUCUGUCAGCCAGUCUCAGGCUCGGCCAGCCCAGGCCCGGAGCUCCCAGCCUCCUCAUUCUUCCACCAAGAAAGCCAGCACUGACCUGCUGGCUGACAUCGGUGGAGACCCUUUUGCUGCUCCCCAGGCGGCACCUGCUUUUGCUGCAUUCCCAGCCUUUGGGGUCCAGACACCUUCCCAUGGAGGCUUUGCCAACUUUGAAGCCUUUGGCAGCAGCCCUGGAUCUUCUGCCUUCGGAAGCCUCCCUCCAGCUGGCCAAGCCUCGUUCCAGCCCCAGCCAACCCCAGCAGCCAGUCGGAUGCUAACUGGAAGCUGCAGCUUUGGGAGCAGCCAGGCAGCUCCGUUUGCUGUGGCUCCUCUUGCAGCUGCCAGUCAGCCCAGCAGCCUCACGGAUGUGGGCAGCCUCCUGGGACCUGGAGCGUCAGCUGGAGGUGUCCCUGGCAGCAUCUUCGGGAUGGCUGGUCAGGUCCCCGCGCUCCAGUCUGCCACACCCAGCAGCAGCAGCGGCAGCACAGGCCUUGCCUUUGGAGCCUUCACCAAUCCUUUCGCCACCCCUGCCCAGCUCCAGCUGCCUUCCACCAAUCCGUUCCAGGCCAAUGGCCUGGCCCCAGGUCCUGGCUUUGGGAUGAGCAGUGCCGGGCCUGGUUUCUCCCAGCCAGUGCCACCCACAGGGGCCUUUGCCAGCACCUUCCCACCAACACUGUUUCCCCCGCAAACCUCACUGGCUCAGCAGCAGAAUGGCUCCUCCUUUGGGGACUUAGGAUCUGCCAAGCUGGGACAGAGGCCACUGAGCCAGCCAGCGGGGAUCUCUACCAACCCCUUCAUGACGGGAACCUCAUCAAGUCCAUUUGCCGCCAAACCUUCAACCACGAAUCCAUUCUUGUAGCACUGUGUCUUGGGGGCCUCUUCCCUGCUUCCUGGGGCCCCUCUGCUCCCUAGAGCACUUGCCUGUGGACCUCUCUAUGGGUUUGAGACCAGAAAGGGUCUGGUUUGCAGGGCAGAUCUGGGGAAGGUGGAGGUGCUAAUGCUUUGCUUGGGGCUUCCAGAUGAAUCUGUCUCGGGUCAGCCACCCAGAGGCUUCCUCCCUUCUCCCUCUGCCAGCCCCUUCCCAGCAGGAGGCCCAGGAGGACUGAAGGCAGGGCUGGCUCGGAGGAGCCACGGUGGUGUUUUUUUUUUUUCACAUUAUUAUUUAUGAAGACAACCCUCCUCCUCCUCUGCCCUUGGCAUACACAUACAUGGCGCUCCCUGCGGAGGAGGUUAUGGGUGUGUCCUGGAUGGCCUUCCGACACCGGGCUCUUUCUGGACAGAAGUGCAGUGGAGAAAGCAGGGUAAAGAUGAGGCAGCCAGACAGCCGAGUGCCCCUGGUGCCCUGGUGGCCACGCCUGCUUUUCUCCAAUUCCUUGUUUUGCUUCCCCAGCUCCUCUAAUCCUGGCACUCAGGAGGCUAGUUUUACCUGCGUACUGACACAUGCCCAGCUCCUGUCAAGCACUUUAGUUAGCCGUUGGUGUCAUGUUUGGAUACCAGUGUUUUAUAUUUAUACAUAGAGAGAAUUUUCUAAUAUAGCCUAUUAUAUAUAUAUACACACACAUAUAUAUGCACAUACAUAGACACACAGCUGUGCUCCUCUCCCAGACAGCUCUUCAAUAUGGGGGGUGGGAUGAGUCCCAUCUGUGCCUGGGACACUGGGGUCCCAAGGAAUGGGGGGAGGGCAGCCAUGUGUUCUGACCACCCCAGAGCCUGGGGCUUUGCUUCCAGCCAUUGACUGGGGUUUGUUUUCUGUUUUCCUUUCUUUUUCCACAUGCCUCACCCUCUACCAAAUCUCUGCACCAAAGCUCCUUGCAGGCAAUGUUAGAAAGAACUGCAUUUGAAAGUAAAAAUAACGGCUCUUUGGUCUUGCU